CCGUCAGCUGUUGUGUCAAGUGAACGUCCUUAACCAACAAAAUAAGUGAAACUUAUCAAUAGUGUUUGACUGCAUAGUAAUCUUGUUAUUUGUUAUUAAAAGUGUUGUAAAUUUCACUGGAUUUGUUAACAGAAACGAGAUCAAUUCACCUUGAAUCUGUGAAGCAAAGAAUGAGACUAUAGUGAUCUCAAAUACCUCUCAGGAUGUUCAAAGAAAAUGAUAGCAGUUCAGGAGGCUGCAGUGGUACAGCUCCGCGAUCACGACGAAUAUUGCCACGAUUUUCUCUACGUCGAUUAUUAUAUUCGAGUCCGUUAAUUGGCCGGCGAAUUGCCAGAACACCUAGUUCGAGUAACAGGAGUACUAAAACUAAAGAUCAGGCUGGUAGCAGAAAUACAGAUGUGGAAAAAGGAGAAGCCAGAGUAAGUAAUGGUUCAAGCCAUUUUCAAUUUCAGAAUAUAGAUCUACAGCGUGCUUCCAGCAAAGGUUCUGUACUUUCUUCUGCAGGAAAGAGUAAUGAAAAUGGGUUGAUGGAAUGCCCCUUAUGUUUGGCUGAAUUUCCAGUGGACUUCUUUCCUGUAGUACAGUCUUGCCAUCAUCGCAGUUGUUAUGACUGCUUUCAACAGUAUCUUAAAGUUGAGAUUUCAGAAUCUAGAGUUAAUAUAGCAUGUCCUGAAUGUUCAGAACCAUUACAUCCAAACGAUAUACGCAUGAUUUUAAACGACCAAACACAGUUGGAAAAGUACGAAGAUUUUAUGGUACGAAGAGUACUUGCUGUGGAACCCGAUGCAAGAUGGUGUCCUGCACCAGAUUGUAGUUUUGCUGUUAUCGCCAGUGGUUGCGCAUCAUGUCCAAAGUUGCGUUGCGAACGGCCAGGAUGUGAUUCAUACUUUUGUUACCACUGUAAAGCACAAUGGCAUCCUAAUCAAACAUGCGAUGCCGCCAGAGCCCAGCGCGCUCAGUACUAUGAACGUAGCUCGUCUCUCAGUUUCAGUCAAAGUGAUUCGCAACACAGAGAUGACAUUAAACCUUGCCCAAGAUGUCAGGUCUUUAUUGGUAAAAUGGAUGAUGGAAGUUGCAAUCACAUGAUUUGCGCAGUUUGUGGGGCGGAAUUUUGUUGGUUGUGCAUGAAAGAAAUCAGUGAUCUUCAUUAUUUAAGUCCUUCCGGUUGUACCUUUUGGGGAAAGAAACCAUGGUCUAGGAAGAAGAAGAUCCUUUGGCAACUUGGAACGUUAGUAGGAGCUCCUGUUGGAAUUGGUUUGGCCGCUGGUAUAGCUGUACCUGCCAUGAUUAUUGGUAUACCGGUAUGGGUGGGGAAGGAAUUGUAUACAAGGUACGAAAAAGCUAACAAGCACAAGAGGAAUGCCUUCAUUGUUGGCGGCGUCACUGCAUCCGUGUUAGUAUCGCCAAUAUUAGCAGGAUUGGCCGUGGGUAUCGGCGUUCCCGUUCUGUUAUUUUACGUCUACGGUGUGGUCCCAGUUUCUCUUUGUCGAAGCGGAGGUUGUGGCGUUUCGACCAAUGGAACGGGUGUUCGAUUUGACUUUGACGACGAGAACGAACUGAUGGGUUCUUUGGGUACCCGCAACGGUGGAGAUGCAGCAUCGAUAGAUGUCGCGAGUCAUCGUGGCGGUAAUCCUUCGAUAGGAGAAGCUUCGCUUUCAUUAGGCAGCGGAAGCCAGUUGGAAAAGCUGGGUCGAGAAAAUGACCGUGAGAGCGCCAGCAACGUAGCUCUCGCUGGCACCAGUCUCGCCGGAAGCAUAGCUUCCAGCGUCCUUCCGGGUGGUCAGAGAUUGGAAGUUCAAGCGGACGUGACGUCCACGCAACGAUUCAGCUUGUGCAGCGAAACUGUGUCCGCCACGACCAGUUUGUCCGAAAAGUCUGUAAACGCGUCCAUCGCUUUGGAUGAUGGCGCAGCUUCCACGAGAGCCUCGGCUGGCUCCGUUCAAAAUUUCAAGAUAGAUGGUAGUUCGAUCAGCGGAGGAAGACCUACGGAAGGGGAGCAAGGGGCAAGCUCUAUUGCCGGGGGUCACAUGGACUCGGCAGGACAAGCUACGUCUUUAAGUUCGCUCGAAGAGGUAGCGCCAGGUUUAGCGAAACGCGCCCGACGCAAACCGACGUUAGAUCGUCAAUGUAGCGAUUCGAGUAAUUGGACCGUCUGCGGCGAAGACGGCGGUUCCGAACGCGUCAGAUUCGAUGAUCAUGUUAGUUUUAUCGAGGCGGAUCAAGAAAGUGUUGUUAGUACAUGCGGGGUGAGCAAUCGAAGCACUGGACGACGUAAACGCAACAAGGAGACGGAACAGGAAACGGAUGCUCAAAAAACUUCAAAGAAUUGUAACGGCGACUCGAAUAUUGAUUCCUCAGCGGACGACAACCUGUCGCGGGAACGGGUCAACGUUGCCACUUUGAGAAAUGUCUUCUUUUAUAGUUCGACGGUGUCUACGGAUCGCGAGAAGCGAUUAUCAGUGAUAGAAGAACCGUCUCCUGCCGGAGUACAGAAUAAAGGUGGUCGUUUUUCAUCUUCCGACGAGGAAUGCAAAACCAGUAAUGCGGAUGAAAAUGUGACCUCUUAAGAACAAGUAAAGACUGAGUAUUUUAUCUAUUAACGAUGUACACGCGUCUUUUAAGUACGAGAUGCGUAGAUACGUAUUCACAUAUGUGUGUAUAUAUGUAUUGUAAGUGUACACCGCGCGCGUGCAUUAGCUUUGAACUUAAUGUAUAUUAGAGUUCUGCAACGGGCGGGUAUCUCAAGGUACUACCCGUUCAUCCAAUUAAUGGAUUAGACGAUUAGAGUGUGUUCAUGUAUCGGUCGGGAUAAAUUGUAGUAGCUUCGGUGCUGCUACGGGAGGGUAUACCAUAGCAUAGCCCGCAACCUGCCAAUCAUGCAUUUACACGAGACUCACCUGGUCGAUUGUCCCUUUAUUUGACCAUACCUAUGCGUUCGAUCUUUACUUAAACUCGCCCGACACGUAUAUUGCGAUGCAACGAGGAAUUUCGUAAGUCUGUAAACGGCGAUCUAUGUCGAAUCUGUCAAAUGAUAAAUAGAUGCUAGUGAUUAAAAAUCAGAUAGUAGACUAUAUUUGCAGAACUCUACUAUAUUUAUGCAUAUUACGUAUAAACGUACUAUGAGUGCAAUAGAGGGAACAAGGUAAAACUAACUUUGCAAAGCAAAGUACAUCGAAGUAAACAGUAUAUGCAUUCAUAUUUUCGAGAGGUGUGUAAAUAUUUGACAUUUACGCGCGCGUGCACGCGCGCGCACACACACACACACACACACACACACACAGAGAGAGAGAGAGACACACAGACACAGACACACAGGCCUCACAUUUGUUACAAACAAAUGACAUUAAUUUAAUGCAAAUGAUUUUCAUCUUGUGCCAGUACAUUCUUGAGCGAGGAUGAAUAUUGUUGUAACGCGCAAGAGGUUAUGUUCUUGUAUGCAAAACGUAGCGCUAGCAAAUCCAACAUAUUGGAUUCGUUAGAAUAAGAAAAAAAAAAAAAUCGACACCAAUUGUUGUAUGACAUAAAAUAAGAGUGAUUAUAUGAAAAGUUGAAACGAAAUUAUGAAUAACUUCAUAAAGUCUUUAUAACGUUGCAUUUUACGUCGAAUAACAAUUAUCAUUUUCUAUGGAUGACGUACUCAUCGAUUUGUCAAUCAUCUCUCCGGGUGUACAAGUAUUAUAAGAGUCUUUGUAUAUGAACAAAUUUUCUAAAUGUUGUCCUUUGAUGUAUGAAAAUAUACAUAACAUGAAAUAUAUUUCUGAAGGCAGUGAUUAUGCCUUGGUAUUGAGUGUAUAGUGUUUUAGGAGAAAAAUUUAAGAUUACCAUAAAAAAGAGAUAUGGUAGUAUAUUAUCCUUCGCUUAUAUUUAUUUAUUUUUAUCUUCAAUGAUUUACAUAUGAUAAUUUCAGGUGCUUUGUUAAGCAUGUCAACAACUUUGAAUUGUUUUUCUUGCCCAUAUAUACACAUUUACGUAAUACUAUGCACGAAUCACUAACGAAUAUAAUAAAAAGCAUAUUGUGGAACUAUUUUUGCGAUUUUACAUUCUAUAAACUUUUGGCUUUAAGUUUCAAAAAAUUUA